AUGUCGCGAAGCACACCUUACUUUCGAGACUCAGCGCAUGCCCAAGGCCUUGCAAAUUAUCCUCAUGCGCGUACCGUCACCUCGCCCGAUGGCAAAGGAUUCUAUAUCUACGUCUCCGGAACCUCAUCUCGUCGUGGUGACGGAACAUUCGUCGGAGCCACUCGUACCGAGGAUGCCGAAGGCAAUUCCUCACUAGCACUCGACAUCCGACAGCAAACCGCAGCCGUGCUAUCAAAUAUCGACGCAAUUAUCCUGCACGCCUCGCAUGGCUACGCGACUAUCCGCGAUGUGGUGGAUGCGACUAUAUUCCUGACAGACAUGAAAAGAGAUUAUACUGGGAUGAACGAGGAAUGGAACAAAAGAUGGCCUGAUCGGACUACUGCCCCGGCCAGAACGACUGUGGAAGUGCGGGCAUUGCCACGGGAGGAGAUUAUCGUGGAGAUCAAGUGCACGGCCUAUUUUAUCUGA